AUGGAAGUGGGGAGGGGAAAUGAUAAAACUGUAUGGCGAGACCGCCAGUUCGCCAAACAUUGCUUGACAUCUCUCGAUGUCAGAAAAUUAAAGAUACGGGCCAGUAAAAAGUUUGAUAAAAAAAAGAAAAUGAAAUUCGCCGCCGCCCUCGUGCUGGCCCUUGUGGCGUUCGCUGCUGCCGAAGAUAGUGAUAAUACGGUGGAAACUGCAAUCAAUUUCAUCAAGGACUGCAAAGGAGAUUACAUAUUAUGUGUCAAGGAAAAAAUGCUAAGAAUUGUUGACAACUUGAGGGCAUCUAGGAGCAUCAACAUUGCUGAGGGCAUCGUCUUGAAGGGUGAUCCUGAUAAGAGAGCCAAGAAACUUGACGCUCUUCCUGUGGACCCUACUGCCAGAGAUGCGGAAGUUAACUACAGGUUGAUGGAUGGAGUUGUUAGCCUGUUUGAGACCCAUGCUGUUGAGGUCAAGAUGAAUCAGUCAGAUAAGGAGACCCUGCAGAGGUCUCUCGAUGAAGGCCGUGGCAAGGGAGGCGGCGGCGGCGGCAAGAAGGGCGGCGGUAUGGGUGGCAUCAUCGGUCUCCUUGGAGCCAAGAUCCUCCUUGGCAAACUCUUCAUCGUAAAGCUCAUCGCUCUCAAAGCCUUAGCCACUGCCAAGAUUGCUCUUGUCCUCGCAGUCAUCUUAUUCGUCGCCUGGUGCAUGAAACAUGAGCACACCAAGACCACCUAUGAGGUUGUUCCUCACGCUCACCACCAUGAGUCUCAUCACCCUGUACACGUAGAACAUGUCUCCCACGACUCUGGUCAUGGUCAUGGCGGUGGUUACUCUAGCUAUGGAUCCGACUGGAACAAGAACCUCGACGAAGCGCAAAACCUAGCGUACAGUGCUUACUCGCACAAUAAGUAGAUAGAAAAAUACCAAAAUGUGGCAUUCUUAUGCCUCAAGUAAUGUUUAACCUCUUUUGUACAAAGACUUAAUUAUUUAUUUUAUUUAUUUCUAAUUUAUUGCCAUUAAUUUUAUAAAUAUUAAUAAAUUAUUCAACUGUUACAAUUGUGUAUGUUUUUGUUAUUCACUUGAAGUAAUAUGUAAACUUCUCAUAAAAAACUAAAUCAAAUUUCAUAAAACUGCACUGAAAGCAUAG